AUGUCGUAGAAGCAAUAUUCUGCCAUGAGUCUUUUUCUAUGUAAUUUUUUAUAAAAUUAUGACUCUUGUUACAGAGCGGGAUUUUGCAAUUUGGCUCUUAAAAAAAAAUUUCAAUAGAUGAAAAUGCACCUUAUUGUUCUAUAAUGCAAAUCUAUUUACAUAAAAUGAAUUAUUUAUUUUCACACAUUUUCUUACAAAAAUCGCUCUGUAGCUUUCAUCAGGCAAAUAUUCUGAUUAUAAAUAUCAUAAUUAUAUAGCUUUUCUCGCAGUAUUUUGGCCGUAAUAUGGGUUAAAAGGAAUUCAUCUUCGAUAGAGAUCUCCAUAGUCUCUCCUGCCGACCCUUAUUUAACGCUUUUUUUAAUCUAAUUUGAAUUUGCAUUCCACUUAAGUUGACUUCAGAUGGUUUAGAUAUCGAUCGACUGUCGUAUCGAUCAAACGACACAGCCCGCAAGUAUCGAAAACAUGGCAUCGAACAUGACCGUGGAAAGCAAACGGAUUGCAAAUCCAAAUACCUGUGCCGUUUAUGGCAGAGUGCCAUCGGUCGGGAUGGAUCGUACGAGAAUCACAUUCUGCACAGAUGUAGACAAAUCCGUGAUCGUGCACAACUUCGAGAAGCGUGGCUGGACGCAGGUUGGUCCGGAGGACGAUUGGAACUUUUAUUGGGCUGUUACGCAAUCUUGCAGAAAUAUUUUCAGCGUUGAAACUGGAUAUAGGAUGGAUGAUAAUCAAAUCAUCAAUCACUUUCCAAAUCAUUACGAACUCACGCGUAAAGAUCUGCUGGUGAAGAACAUCAAGCGAUACCGAAAGGAUUUGGAGAGAGAGGGAAAUCCUUUGGCAGAACGGGCGGAAGGUCCAGGCAAAUAUCUAUAUCUCGAUUUCAUACCAGUCACUUUCGUUUUACCCGCAGAUUAUAAUAUGUUCGUGGAAGAAUAUCGCAAGUCCCCGCAGAGCACUUGGAUUAUGAAGCCGUGCGGCAAGUCGCAGGGCGCUGGGAUAUUUCUCAUCAACAAAUUGAGCAAACUGAAGAAAUGGUCGCGCGAGGCGAAGACACCAUUUAAUCCAAAUUUGACGAAAGAAUCAUAUGUCAUAUCUAGAUACAUCGAUAAUCCAUUGCUAAUCGGCAGCAAGAAAUUUGAUCUCCGACUGUAUGUUCUCAUCACGUCGUUUCGACCGCUCAAAGCAUAUCUCUUUAAAUUAGGAUUCUGUCGCUUCUGCACCGUUAAGUACGACACCAGCGUUCAAGAGCUCGACAAUAUGUACGUGCAUCUAACGAACGUGUCCGUGCAAAAACAUGGUGAUGAGUAUAACAGUAAGCAUGGCGGCAAGCUGAGUGUGCAGAAUCUGCGUCUGUACCUGGAGAGUACACGCGGGAAGGAGGUUACAGAAAAACUCUUCGCCAACAUCUCUUGGUGUAUUGUGCACUCGUUAAAAGCAGUGGCACCGGUGAUGGCAAACGAUCGGCAUUGUUUUGAAUGUUACGGAUACGACAUCAUCAUCGACAACAAACUAAAGCCAUGGCUGAUCGAAGUAAAUGCUUCACCAUCUCUCACAUCCACGACGGUGAAUGACAGAAUUCUGAAGUACAAACUAAUCGACAAUAUCGUAUCAGUAGUUUUGCCUCCAGACGGUAUGCCUGACGUGAAGUGGAAUAAAUCACCUUCCCCAGAAGCUUUGGGAAACUUCGAGUUAUUGUUGGACGAGGAACUGGCAGUUCAGGAUGAAAAGGAAGGUUCAUCAAGCAAGUAUCGCGGUUCCUCUCUCAAUAAAUGGAAAUAGAACUCAUUUCUAUCGUUAUUACUCCGGAGUUGCAGUUCUUAAAAUUCGACUUCGAUCGUCUCAGAGCAGUCGAAAUCAUUAAGAAAUCCUUCGGAAUAAGAGAUUUACAUUAACAAACAAGUUUAUUCACAAAUAUGCUACAUAACUAGAUUACGCAAGAUGACGCACGCAUGUCAGCUGCGAGGAUGUAAAAAUAACAUAGGCAGUAAUAUUUGUCAGUCUUUCGCGUAUGUGAAAUAAGAAUAAUAAUUUUAUUAGUA